CUUUUCCAAGGUCUUCCGUUUCACGUACCACACUCGCUAGCCACACGCUCCAUUCAUCCGUGCGCCUGUGUUCACCGGUGUUAUACUACGCAGCUGGUAUUGUGUGGGAGAAGAGGGCCACGAGCAUGUCAGGCUCAACUUCCCCGCCUCCCACAGUGGAGGCUGUGGGCACUGAGGGAUGUUUUCCCCCAGGAUACAAACCGUUCAAACCCGAGGAGCACGGACUGGAGCGCGGGUUCCGCCUUACAAGCUUUUCGGAACUGAAGGGAUGAGGCUGCAAAGUCCCGCAGGAGGCUCUGCUCAAACUCCUGGCGGGACUGGAGCCGGACCGGGCCGACGGGACAGGGAAGGCCGGAGACCAAGCUUCGGAGUUCGGCCAACAGCUACCUGGCCCACGACUAGGCAUAGGGAUGGACUCCGCUGUCAUUCCUCUGAGACAUGGAGGACUGUCACUUGUCCAGACCACAGAUUUCUUUUACCCUCUGGUGGAAGAUCCAUACAUGAUGGGCAGGAUAGCAUGCGCUAAUGUCCUCAGCGACCUCUAUGCCAUGGGCAUCACAGAGUGUGACAACAUGCUGAUGCUACUGAGUGUCAGCCAGAAGAUGAAUGAAAAGGACCGUGAGUGCGUGAUGCCGCUGAUGAUUCGAGGCUUUCGUGACGCAGCAGAAGAGGGAGGAACUUCAGUGACAGGUGGACAGACUGUGAUAAAUCCCUGGAUCAUUGUGGGAGGAGUAGCAUCGGUCGUCUGCCAGCCUAAUGAGUUCAUUAUGCCUGAUGGGGCUGUACCAGGUGACGUUUUGGUGCUGACCAAACCUCUGGGCACUCGGGUGGCUGUAAACGCUUAUCUGUGGAUCGAUCAGCCUGAAAAGUGGAACAAGAUCAAGCUGGUUGUCACCAAAGAGGAAGUUAUAGAGGCCUAUCAGGAAGCUAUGUUUUCCAUGGCAACCCUUAACCGCACAGCGGCGGGUCUAAUGCACAAGUACCAGGCCCACGCUGCCACAGACGUGACUGGUUUCGGCUUGUUGGGUCACGCCAACAACCUGGCAAGACAGCAGCAAAACGAGGUGGCCUUUGUUAUCCAUAACCUUCCAAUCAUAGCCAAGAUGGCUGCCAUCAGUAAAGCCUGCGGAAACCUGUUUAACCUGCUUCAGGGCACUUCAGCUGAGACAUCCGGUGGGCUGCUGGUGUGUCUGCCCAGAGAGCAGGCAGCCAAGUUCUGCUCAGAGAUGAAAAACCUCAGCUCCGGAGCAGGGGGUCAGGGGGCGGUGGGCGGAGCGUGGAUUAUUGGUAUUGUGGAGAAAGGCGACCGCCAUGCUCGCAUCAUUGACAAACCCCGCAUUAUCGAGGUUCCACCCCGAGGAAGCCAGGCAGCAAAUCAGGAAAACAGCUCCACCAGCCCUGACCCAAGCCCCAGUGUGUCAUAGACACUGUCACCCUCUGACACUGUUCUGGUGUGUGUGUGUGUGCAAGAGAGAAUAAGUGUGUCUAUGUGUGUAUUAAUUGUUGUUCAUCCCAUCUACCUUUUCUGUCAAAAAGUUGACAGUGCACAGACCAAAACCCAGUGUCAUGUGAUCCACUGAGACAGGAAAUGGACCACAGGCUGCAUACAUGUCCAGCUUUAGAAGGAGCUGCUAAAACAUGGUGUACUUCUCAUGUUUCAUGUUGUAACUUCAGGGCACAAUGUACUGCCUCUCUCAGCAUUAUUUUUCCCUGUUGCCUUUCAUAUAGAAAACUUGUUUUAUAUGAUUUAUCAAAAUCAUAAACAGCUUCUGGAAAAUGAGUUUCAGUUCUAUAAAAAAGAAAAAUACUGAAUCAUACUUGCCCAAAGUAGCAAAUAAUGAGGUGUGUGUGUGUGUGUGUGUGUGUGUGUGUGUGUGUGUGUGUGUGUGUGUGUGUGUGUGUGUGUGUGUUAUGGUUGGAUUAGGGUGAUUUAUUUUAGGAUGUAUGGCUAACAUUAAAUGUGUUAAUUUGGUGACGGUUUACUGUGGAAAAGAAAUGAUGUAUCACUCCUAGAACCUGGCUCUGCCCACGCCAUCCAGAGGAAGGUUUGAGCAGCUUCCUUUGGGACCUGUUGGGCCGUGUUCAGAUUGUCCACCUGGGUCAGCAGUCGCCUGACCGCCCAAGCACAAAGUCCGCCCUUCCUUGUUAAUGAAGCUCUGCCUUUCAAACCCCAACCAGCAGGGCCGGGCAGAGUGGAUGUUUGUCUCUGGAUCAGGGAUUGGACUUUCAGUGCUGGAGGUCUAGUGCUGUCUGUUUGUAGAUUUCUUGCUUUUCACAAUCAAAUAAACCCAUCAUCAAUUUAGA